UCUCGGAGAAUUUAGAAUUCCGAUUUGGGAGGGUGUUGCAGAACGGCUGAUAGGCGGAGCAGCGUGGCAGCCCUCCCUUUCCCCCACCCCGCCUCCCCAGUCGCUAACAUGGCGUCUCGGAGAUCUCGCUCCGCCUCAGAGCGUGACAGUGAUGAUGAUUCAUAUGAAGUACUGGAUUUAACAGAAUAUGCAAGGCGCCAUCAUUGGUGGAACCGGGUGUUUGGCAGGAAUUCUGGACCUAUUGUAGAAAAGUAUUCUGUAGCUACUCAGAUUGUAAUGGGAGGUGUAACGGGCUGGUGUGCAGGUUUUUUGUUCCAGAAGGUUGGAAAGCUUGCAGCAACUGCAGUAGGCGGCGGCUUUCUUUUGCUACAAAUUGCUAGUCAUAGUGGCUAUGUACAGGUUGACUGGAAAAGGGUUGAGAAAGAUGUAAAUAAAGCAAAAAGACAGCUCAAAAAGCGAGCAAACAAGGCAGCUCCUGAAAUUAACACACUGAUUGAAGAGUCAACAGAAUUUCUUAAACAGAACAUAGUAGUAUCUGGUGGGUUUGUCGGAGGAUUCUUGUUGGGCCUUGCAUCUUAAGGACAUGACUGUUCUCUUCCUGCUGGCUUAACCAUGAAAAUGAAGAAUGAUAGCAACACACAGCCUUCAAGCAAGGCAGUCUGAGCCACGCUCUAAUCACUCCUGAGCAAGGUGGAUGGAUUUGCCAGGCAAAUCAGAGUAUUUUGCAUUUUAGGCUUUUGCCUCCUUAAGCUUUCUGAAACAGGUGUGCUGAAAAAUCUACAGUGUGUUCAGUAGCAUUCCUGAAGAAAAAAAACUGGCUAACUUUUUUAUUAUUGUAUAUUCAUUCAGAAUUCAGCAUAUUUAUCUUUUGGCUGUACACCUUUGUUUUUUUUUCAAUUUUAGGAAUAUAUUUUUAUUUAAGGUAAUCUCAUGCUGUAUUUAAUAAUGCCUGACUAAAUGUGUAGGAUAUUGUGCUUCAAGCGCAGAACUAGCCAUCUUCUGUAGAAAUCAGUGCAAUAAAAAUAAUCUGUACAUCUGUAAUAUCUUUUUGCAGAGAUGAAAUAACAAGCAGUUAUGAACCUAUUAAAGAAUGAUCAGUCAAUGUUGAA